AUGGGAAAUCUAGGCGAUUUAUCGCCAGGAGGAAGCGUAGCUAUUGGAAUUCUCGUCGGCCUCCUAUCCACGAGCGUCCAGAGCCUAGGUCUGACCCUCCAACGAAAAUCACAUAUCCUAGAAGACGAGAAAGACGACCAAGAUGUGCGCCGACCACCACAUAGGCGGCGGCGAUGGCAGCUGGGCAUGGGCAUGUUUAUCAUUUCCAACCUGGUUGGGAGUACCAUUCAGAUAACGACGCUUCCACUCCCCGUGCUAUCGACGUUACAAGCUUCGGGGCUGGUCUUCAACUCGAUAUGCGCCACGCUGAUUCUCGGAGAGCCCUUCACACGCUGGUCUUUGGGAGGGACGAUCUUGGUUUCAAGCGGGGCGGUGCUUAUAGCGAUCUUUGGAGCAAUACCAGAACCGGCGCAUAAUUUGGAUCAGCUAUUGCAGCUUUUGGGGCGCCGGACAUUUAUACUGUGGAUGGUUUUCCAGACGAUGCUGGUUGUCGGGAUCAUUAUUAUAGCGGGAAGCCUCGCCAAAUUCCCCAGCAUAGCUGUAAGCCCUCGCAUUCGACUUUGGAGGGGAUUGGCAUAUGGGUGUAUAAGCGGGAUCCUUUCGGCACAUUCGUUGCUUGUGGCUAAGUCGGCCGUGGAGCUGCUUGUCCGGACCAUCAUCGACAGAGUGAACCAGUUCAACAGGUGGCAAUCAUGGGCUAUUCUCGUGGGACUUGUGACGCUGGCCCUCACACAACUCUACUUCCUUCACCGAGGCCUCAAACUUGUUUCGACGAGCGUCCUCUACCCGCUCGUCUUCUGCAUCUACAACAUUAUAGCCAUCCUCGACGGGCUGAUCUACUUCGACCAAGCUGAUCGCCUUCCAGCCUUAUACGCCUGCCUCAUAGCACUCGGCACAGCAAUCCUACUCUCGGGCGUCCUGGCCCUCUCGUGGCGCCUCUCAGACGAACAAACACAACCAGCCGUUGCCAAAAGCGCGCUUGCACCUGGCCUCGGGUUUGUGGAGGACACCGACAUGGAUGAAUCAUCCGACUCCUACAACGCAGACGAAGAAUCCUCCAUAGGAGCAGAACACCGAGCUCUCUUAAACGGCGAGCCUCUGACUCCCACAGCCAAGCUGGACACAGUGCUAGGCGCCACACGAAACGUCCGCAAACCCGUCCGGCUCACGGAAGCGGACGAGAUCUGGAGCGAGCUCCAAGAUGAUGACUCGAAACCCGGAUCUCCUAAUACUACAAAACGGAGUCUAUCGAUGACCACCACACCACAGCAAAGCACAAGUCAAGAACCCCCGGAUGAGACGACCUCCCUCCUCCCCUCGCAUUCCUCCCACCGCCGCCGAAGGAGACGCUCAACAGGCUUCCCGGGUUUUACCGCGCGCCCUUCGCCGCGUACUCCGAAUAAGAGACGCGCAUCCCGCCAAUCCCAAGGGGCAACCGGCGGGUUCUGGAAGAUGCAGUGGUGGAAGAGAGGCGGAGGUGGUGGGAAGGGGCCUCCUGAUCCUGAAGAUGGCGGGGGAGUGACGUAG